UUGUAGCAAAAAUGUCUCAGCAAUCCUCAUGUGUGCAGGCAUCAGGGUCUGGUAGAAAAAGGAAGGAUUGCUCUGUGGGAAAUAACUCUGGUGUCACAGAGUCAAAGAGGAAUAAAUCAACAGGGCCCAAGAGUGUGAAGACUGAGCAAAGCAAAAAAGUGUACACAAAGAAAAUUGAUCCUGAACAGACUGAAGAAGAGGAGAUAAUCUUCACAGCCAACCUCCCGACUCGUAACAAACAGGGUAAACUAGUGUUUGAUGACUGGCUAGAGUUCCAGCCAGUUCUCACCCCAAAGGAAGUACUUCAGGCGGGAAGUUUUGGAGGGACAUAUUUCAGACCAAUCCAAUCUGGCAUUACAGGAAAGAAAUAUGACUCCAAAGUUUGGAAGGAAUUGCCCAGAGAUUGGCUAGAUCGUUUAAAUGUUCCCAAACAGGUUUGCUCAUCAUCUUAUGAUGAAAAUGUGAAUAAGUAUAAGGUGAAGUGUGGCGGAAGUUUACAGAUGUGGGAAGAAAGUGGCUGGAUACAUAAACAAGACCCUUAUGGAUGGUUCCAAUGGUAUUGCAGGUUUUAUCAGGGUCGACGUACUGCAGACGACGAGAGACAGAUUGGGCGCUGGUUACGUUGUGCUGGCAACAAGGGACGAUGGAGGAAUAAUCUGAUCAGCAAAUGUGUGAAGAGUGAUCGAAACUUCAAUGACACCUCUGUCUCCCCAGUGGUCAGGCAAACAUUGCAGCACUGGGCAUAUACAUUGACAGAGGCAGACUUCAAAGCACAUGCUAAAAUACUCAGAAAGAAAGGCCUGUAACUGUUACUGUUAUGUACAGUUAUAUACUUAUGUGUACAGGCCAACAUGUAUUUGUUAGAAAACAAGCAUUUUGCAGUAAAUGUCCCCUACCGGAUUGAUCCAUAAGAAUUUUGUCCAAACUGGGUAUAGGGGUCAGAAACUAAGAUUUGAUAUGUAACUUAUUAUGGUGAACUGCAGAAGUCCAAAUUUGUGCAAUAACGGUCAUAGUUUUCUCCAAAUUGCAGACAGCGGUCUGAAACUCAAACUGGAUCUACAUGGUUAAGUCAUGUACAAAGUUUCGAUUUAUUUAUUCAUAAUGUCAAUAUUUGUACACCACAACGGUUCAGAUACAACCCUGGGCACCGUUGCAGUCCAGCAAUUUCAAGUAUGCAUUCAAAAGGAAGAAUUCUGGGAUGCAAAUGGGGAAUAUUGCCUGCCCAAAAUGAGCAGUGCAUUCGUAAAGCAGAGGUAUGUAAGUAUAUGUAUGUCUGGGUUUUGACGUCGUACUGAACGAUUAUUGGUCGAUAAGGUGUGUGUACAUAUACUGUGUCUUCUUGUGGCUGGGCGAGUCCAUGCCGCCAAAUUGCUACCGCCACUGAUGCAUUAUGCCGAAGACACCAGACAUGACACCCCACUCAGUCACAUCAUACAGACUCCGGGCCAACCAGUCCUGUUCCCUGGCUCCAACAUCUCGGUGUAGCGCAAAGAGGUAGUUCACAAGCCCCGUGCGUAGUAGCAGACAGUGAUGUGUUUUACACGUCUUGCCGAGGCGGAAAAUGUUGAGCGAUCACUCGUUUUUGUUUUUAAAUUAUUUUUAUUGACAAUCGUCGAUUUGGAUCAGUGACAAGUUCUUGCAACUUACAUGCCCUUCUCCCUACAAAGAAUAUGCACAAAUUUUAUACGUCCGGCUACAAAGUAUUUUACAGGCGAUCACUUCCAUUACAAGCCACCACAAAAUCUCUUGUUUAACAGAUGGCAGAGAUUGCCAUGCGGGAUUCUAUGGUAAACUUUGUCCUAAUGGUUAGUUUGAAGCUGUCCGUAGUGAAUUGUACAUAAAAAUUGUUUGUGUCCAAAUCUAAAACCGAACAUAGUUGAGCUGAAUUUAAUUUCCAGUUCAAUGCAAAGAUGCCAGAGAGGUUCUGAACAGUUUGCAUUGCUGGAAGCCGUCAGCACUAUGCUUAACGGAUGUGUACGUGACGUGUGAAGACAUAUUGCUAACUAUCUGAAAACGUUUGAUCAUUUAAUAGCUUAUUAUAUAUUAAUAAGAUAAAUUAAAGAUUUCAGCCAGACUUUUAAUACGCAUUAGGUACGGGGUUACAGGUGCUGGUUCAAAAGAGAAGUCUGUUGAUUCCUUCGUUCUAACUGUUUGUUGGGCUUUGGUAAUCAAUGGUCGACACAGUUCACACAGUCUUGCCUUUCGCUGAAGACUUAAUUGUGUUCUAACAGUGUGACCCAUUCGUGUUAUAAUGGACGGCGUUAUUUUCCCGGGCGCUGUCGUUUCCCCCACCUAUAAAAUGUAUUCCAAAAUGACGUACAGGAGCAAAGUCGUAUCAAAAUGUGAUGUGAAAGUCAAUUUGACAAAAAUCCUGUUCUCUCCUUAUUAACAUGCAUAUACGUAAAAACAGGCUUUCUUUCUGACAGGCUGAGGGUGGAUGCAAUAUAGUUUAUGAAUUUGUUUACAGUUAUAUUUACAGAUAUAUUUGCAUGAUGCAUUGCCACCAAAUUUGUAACCAACAU